UAUUGAAUAGUUUUCUGCCUCCACAGAGGGAGUGAAGAAUUGAUGGGCGGCCCCAAAUCAGGGUGGCUGGCGCUCGCCGCCGCUUUGGCAGUGGCUUCGCUCUCUGCUUCCGCCGCCAUCUCUCUUUACUUUCGGAAAUCGAAGUCGAAUUUAUCAACUGAGGAAGCGGCUAAGAAAAUACAGCAGCUUGAAACCUCCUUAAAGAAUGCCCUAAAAAAGUGCGCCGCCGAAAGACAAGGGCGAAUUAGGGCUCAAAAGGCUUUGAGGGAACCAUUGAGCGGAUCUAACGCCGAAAAGCUUGAAUCUAUAUCAUAUCCAAUGGCACCCAUUGCAAUAGUCCACUCGUGCUUUUCCACACGUAACGGAACUCCAAGACAGCCUUUACUUGUACCUCUUGCAAGGGCAACUUUGGUAUUCGAUUCGACCCGUAUACCUCAAGCAUCUCUCGAGGGGCUUGAAGGGUAUUCUCACUGUUGGAUACUCUACGUUUUUCAUCUUAAUACGAAUCUUGAUAAGUUACGAAAGCGCCCAUCUCAUUCAACAUUCAAGGCAAAGGUAAGGGUACCAAGACUCGAAGGCGAAAAAGUCGGGGUUUUUGCUACACGAUCUCCCCAUCGUGCAUGUCCUAUUGGAUUGACUGUUGCAAAGGUGGAGGCUGUACAUGGGCGUACGGUGCAUCUCUCUGGUGUUGAUCUGGUCGAUGGAUCGCCUGUCCUAGAUAUCAAACCUUAUUUGCCAUACUGCGACAGCGUUCAAGGAGCAAAAACUCCCGACUGGUUAAAGGUGGACGAAAAUUUGCUAGGUGUAGCUUCUGUUAACUUCUCGGACGACUUCCCAUCCAGUCUUGCAGAUUGCUGGUUAUUGGUCGGAGAGAAGUCACUUUAUGCUUCACCAGAAGAAUAUCGAGACUUGAUAAAGCAGGUGCUCUCGUGGGAUAUUAGAUCAUUGGCUCAACGAAACCGACCCCAUCAACCCAUAGGUUAUACUGGAUCUGCAAAUUUAACCGAAGAUGCUUUAACGGCAGAAAAUUGUCAAGAAGAAGAAGAAGAAGAAGAAGCUAUUGAAAAUGGAGGCGGUGAUUCUUCUCCAACUAGCAGUGUUCUUUACCACCUUUUUCUGGAAGGUCUCGACGUUUCGUAUAGAAUUGAUUCCAAUGCCGAUGUUCUUGUCGAGAAAGUUUCCCUUCCGUCUGUCAGUUUCACAAGUUACGGUUAAAUGGUUUUGACUCUGUUUUACAUUAAACGGAUUUUAAAUU